CCCCGGGGAGGUUGCACAAACCUUCCUGUGGAAGGCCUCGGGCUGCCUGCCCGGUGGCGUGUGCCCCAGCCUGCCUCUCCCGCUGGCCGCUGCCUCGGCCCCGGGGCUGGCACCCCUGCUCUCUCCGCUGCAGCCUGGUCUGUGUCGUCCAUCUCCGUGGGGCUGGCAAGGGGCCGGGCCGGACACUGGGACCCGCCCUCCCAUCAUUGGGCACCACUCCUUCCUCAUUUUGCUGCUGAUUCUAGCCCCAAGCAAAACAGGUUGAGCCUUUUUCCUCCCUCCGGCAGCUUGUCUCUGGCUUACGGCUGCCUUCUGAGACGCCGCAGACGGCGCCGGCUGGGGAGGGGGGCCCUGGGCCAGCCCUGCCGGGACUGGGACGGUGCGCCUGGCUCCUGGCCCUCGUUCAGCCCUGUCUGUGGCAGGAGAGCAAGCUUUGCCGUGGCAGUCGCCUGAGGAUGAUGCCCCAGCUUCAGUUCAAAGAUGCCUUUUGGUGCAGGGACUUCACCGCCCACACGGGCUACGAGGUGCUGCUGCAGCGGCUGCUGGACGGCAGGAAGAUGUGCAAGGAUGUGGAGGAGCUGCUGAGGCAGAGGGCGCAGGCGGAGGAGCGGUACGGGAAGGAGCUGGUGCAGAUAGCCCGGAAGGCAGGUGGCCAGACGGAGAUCAACUCCCUGAGGGCCUCCUUUGACUCCCUGAAGCAGCAAAUGGAGAACGUGGGCAGCUCCCACAUCCAGCUGGCCCUGGCCCUGCGGGAGGAGCUGCGGAGCCUGGAGGAGUUCCGUGAGAGGCAGAAGGAGCAGAGGAAGAAGUAUGAGGCCGCCAUGGACCGUGUCCAGAAAAGCAAGCUGUCGCUCUACAAGAAGGCCAUGGAGUCCAAGAAGACAUACGAGCAGAAGUGCCGGGAUGCAGAUGAUGCCGAGCAGGCCUUCGAGCGCAUCAGUGCCAAUGGCCAACAGAAGCAGGUGGAGAAGAGCCAGAACAAAGCCAAGCAGUGCAAGGACUCGGCCACGGAGGCAGAGCGGGUGUACAGGCAGAACAUCGAGCAGCUGGAGAAGGUGCGGGGCGAGUGGGAGCAGGAACACCGGGCCACGUGUGAGGCCUUCCAGCUGCAGGAGUUUGACCGGCUGACCAUCCUCCGCAACGCCCUGUGGGUGCACUGCAACCAGCUCUCCAUGCAGUGCGUCAAGGACGAUGAGCUCUACGAAGAGGUGCGGGUGACACUGGAAGGCUGCAGCGUGGAUGGUGACAUUGACGGCUUCAUCCAGGCCAAGGGCACAGGCACCGAGCCCCCAGCUCCGGUGCCCUACCAGAACUACUAUGAUCGGGAGGUCGCCCCGAUGUCCAGCAGCCCCGGCCUACAGCCAUCCUGUGGCAUGAUAAAGAGCCCCCCUGCAGGAAGUCUCCGGGGAGACAGAGGCUCGUGGGCAUCACAGCGCACACCCCUGCGAACCCUGAGAACCAGAGGCCCCCAGGAGAGGAGGGCAUUCCCACCUGCACUCUUACCAAAGUCUUGGAGGACCCAGACCCCAGCAAGGCGGCCCCGUGUCCCUGGUGAAGCUGAGCCUUCAGCCUUGGCCCGGCUCCCCCCGCACCCCCCAGGAAGACUAAGGCAGGGAAGUAGCAUCAGCCUCUACUCGUUUAGCCCUUAGCACCACCCGCUGUGGGCACCCUCACCUGUCUCCCUACUACUUACCCCAGUGUCUGCCUCUUGCUUUUUGCUUUCUUCUUUUACUCAACAAAUGUGUGUAAAUCUGGCUCCAGGCCUGAGCGAGGCACAGGGGAAGGGGUGAACUAGCCCAGCACUGCCUCCUGGAACCCACUUUGCGUGGCCAGGUCACAGGGAAGCUGCAGGGAAGAGGACUGUCCGGGCCAAGAUGGGUGAAGGCCCUAGCGGGUCGUGAGUAGGCCAAGCUCCGGGCAGCAGCUCCUUCACGCCUCGGGGAGGCUGGGGCAGCGGCCUGGGCCCUGGAGAACAGAGGUCUCAGAGCCACCAAUUAGGCCCUGCAGGGACCCGGUACAAGAUGACGGCUAGUGUGAGGGACUGGGAGAGCGCCGCCGCUGGGGCCCCCCUUGGGGGAGCUCUCAUGCUGAGGGGCACCCCGUCAAUCACACCUGUGCCUGGAGCCCCAGGGCUCCCUGCUUCAUCCACCUCCCCAGGACCCACCUGCUUUCCUCCCUGU